AUGAUCAUUGUCUCCAAAGUCGUGGUUCAGAGGAAUGUUUCCGUUUCUGUUCACUCUAUUAGUGGUGUCUUCGGUGGAGCUCUGAGUGUCGGCUCUAUUCUCGCCAUCAGUAUAGUGGAGAAACGCCGGCUUACGGAGUGUGUGGCCCGGACUAUAUGCGAACUGGCCUGCAAUCCAGAUACUUAUGGAGACAAAGGAAGGGCUGUCUACCAGACCCUCAAAGAGUUUGAAUCGGAAUCCCUCCCAAAGCUGGCCUUCUAUAAGACGGCCCGAGACAGAGGCCAAGCGCUCACGAAAACCAAUUGCAAUGAAUGCUAUACACUGUACGCCAAAUGCAAGACACCCACCGAGACAUUACUACGACUGGCCAGUGCCCUGUCCAUCAAGUCAUAGACCAUAUAUAUUCUCACCAUUCAAUCGACAAAAUGGCAAACAUUUCUUACAUUUCUCUAUCGUUUUUAUUUAUACUUUUUUUAUAACAUGUGUCACAUACUAUAUCUUACUUAUUUAUAAUAUUUGUUAAUUCUGUGAAUUUUACGAUAAAACAUGUGAACGACAUUUAAGUUUCUAUUAUAUUAAACAUUUCAUACUAUAGUCAUGAGAAAAUAAAGCAUUUUAAAAUUUUAA